UUAAGUUUCUUUGCACUAUAAUAGACACUGGUUUUAGCCCACUCUUAUUACCAAAUCUCUGUAAGCCUUUGUUCUGUUACUACUAGUUAGUGUAGAAGCUAUACAGGCAGUAAAUAAGUGAAAUCGUUUCAGAAGUGGCUGCAUCUUCUAAGUUAAUUAAUUUGAUGGUGUUGACCAAAGUUUAUUUUCAUGACAAUGUUUCCACAACAUAGAUAUUAAACGGUGUACUGAUCUGUUAGGGAUGUUGAAAUCCUUGUACCGUUGAGCUGAUCUAUCGAAUCUGUCAGCCAUUCAGCAGUGUUUUUCUCUCUUAUUAACAAAUCAGCGAGUAGUACUUUCAUCCAUGACUUUUCAGCCAAUCACUUCAAAUGGUUAAACCAAGCAACUCGACAGAUUACCAUCAAUCUGCGGAACAACUUUUGUGCUUGAUGCUUGUUCUAAUUCCAUUGUAAUCAAAACUGGAUGUAACUUGGCCUUGUUGAUUAUCUAUCACUUAUCUAAACUGAAAUUUACAGUCAAAGGAUUAAAUGCCAUUGUAUUUUAAUAAUGUGCCGGCCCUUGGAUCGUCGUCAGUAUUGACGUUUUAUGCUUGCUUGCUAGUACAUUUGAAUUAAAAAAAAUGAUCAGAUUGGAUCGAGCUAUAUCUUAUUGUUGCAAGUUGGAUCAGGAUCGGGCUUACAACCUAAUCACACAGGAUUAGCUAGGUACAUGCCAUGGCAAUGGCAUCCUCCGAGCUGCCGACGCUCCUCGUGUUCCGCGUCCGGGAACUGCGCUUCCACGCCGCGCUGCGUGAGCGGUACCGCGUCCUCGACUUCUUGACGUCGGGCGAGCCCCUCCCGGCCUUCCUCGCCGCCGCAGCGGCCGCCGACCCGCCACGCGCGGCGCUCGUCGUGGGAGGAGACUCCGCCCGCGUGGACGCGGCGUUCCUCGACGCCGUCCCGUCGCUCCGCUUCGUCUUCAGCACGGGCGCCGGGCUAGACCACAUCGACCUCGCCGAGUGCGCGCGCCGCGGCGUCGCCGUCGCCAACUCCGGCACCGUCUACUCCACCGACGUCGCCGACCACGCCGUCGGCAUGCUCAUCGACGUGCUCCGCCGCGUCUCCGCCGCCCAACGGUUCCUCCGCCGCGGGCUCUGGCCGCUCCACCACCACCAGGGGAACGACUACCACCACCAUCCCCAUGGCCAUCCCCUCGGCACCAAGGUGGGCGGCAAGCGCGUCGGCAUCAUCGGCCUAGGCAACAUCGGCAUGCUGAUCGCCAAGAGGCUCGAAGCUUUCGGCUGUGUCAUCUCCUACAACUCGAGAAAACCCAAGGAAUCCGUCGUCUCCUACAGGUACUUCGCUAGCGUCCACGACAUGGCGUCGGAAUCAGACGUGCUCGUCGUCGCGUGCGCGCUGAGCAAGGAGACGCGGCACGUCGUGAACAAGGACGUUCUUGACGCGCUCGGGAAAGACGGCGUCGUCAUAAACAUCGGCCGGGGGCUGAACGUCGACGAGGCGGAGCUUGUCAGCGCGCUGGAAGAGGGGAGGAUCGCCGGAGCUGGGCUCGAUGUCUACGAGAAGGAACCCAAGGUGCCUGCGGAGCUCUUCGCCAUGGACAAUGUCGUGCUGACGCAUCAUUGCGCGGCUUUCACCAUGGAGUCCAGGUCGGACCUCCGUGACGUCGCCAUUGGGAACCUUGAAGCCUUCUUCUCCGGUAAGCCGCUGCUUACCCCGGUUCUUCACAGGUAACAUAUUCUUAGAAUAGAAUCGUGGACUCGAUCGUAGCCAAAUCGAGUAAUAACACAGCCUGGUGCAUGCUGUGUUCAUGCCGUCGUUCUAGCUUAGGUGGUGACCGUGCUCACUGCGUUCUCGUCCGUACGUGGCCGAUAGGAGCUCGUGGUGUGCGUGUCUCGGUAGGAUCAAGGGCCAUGGUGGCCAUGUAAUCUUUGCCUAUUUAAUCAGCAAUAGAUAUUUGCGUCCCCAAAUCCUGCAGAGUUCAUCUAGUGAGUUUUUUUUUAUUAUUUUUUUGCUCCAAGAUGCAUGUCUAAAGAUUCUGCGUCGUGCGGUCAGGGGGGUUUCAGAAUGUAUAUAUCCUUUGUGUUUAUUUUCUGUGUAAUUUGUAACUAAGAAGAUACUUUGUACGUUGCUGUGGAGAUUACAAAGAAUUUAAAAAAUGAAAUUGAGUAAAGAUGAUAUAUGUGUAAUAGAUAGUUAGUGGUUGAUGUAAAGAUGAUAUAUGUGUAAUUUCUUUGCAAUUAAGAGGUUGAAAGUUUGUAUUAUGAUAUAGCUAUUGGUGGUAGAUGAAAUAGAUAGUUAGUGGGGUGAUAUGAAUGUUUUAUAUGUGUUAAGUGUAAUGUAAAUGGAACAAAGAUUUUGGGAACAACUGCUGCUUUCAUUGA